CUUGUGCAGCGUGCGCGGACUCGCAAGACCGGGCGCCACAUUGGCCGUUCGUUCGCUCGCUGUCUGUUGGGCAGUAAAGGGGGGAGGCGAGGCUGCGUCGUAUAAUUCGGAAGUCGAUAAGUCGCCGUCGGUCGAGGAGCAGGAGGAGGAGGAGAAGGAAGUGGGCGAGGCCUGCAAUUCGGUGUUGGAGGAGGUCGGCCGAUCGAGAUCUGUACAGAGUGUGGGCGCUUGAGGAUUUGGGUAGAGAUCAGAGAGGGAGGGAGGGAGAGAGAGAUGGGGAGAAUAUCGUUGCCCGUGGAUUUGAUGGAGAUUCUGGCGCUGGCCUGGGAUCACCCGCUGAUCGCAGGAGUGUUGAUGUUGAUGUUCACGCCGCCGUUUUUCCCGGUGCUCGUGUUCUUUUCGCCGUUGUUGAUAUCGACCACUUUGUGUGCGGUCGCGCUGAUCAGCGUGGGGCAGCAGAUCGAAGAUGCUUCGAAGAGGGAGCGGGAGGUUGCGGGGUGGAAUGCACGAGCCGCGGACGGGGAGGCGGUCGCCGUUCGGGAGAGGACGAGCAGGAGGAGGAGAGUUCCUGGGGAAGAUAAUAAUUGGUUGGACUGGGUUCGAGGCUUCGAGCCUGGGUCUGUAUGGCAGGCGGAGAGCUCGUUCAUGGAGGAUGUGAAGGAGGAGAGGCUGCUGUCGGACUUUCGUCUCGACGAGGGUGGCAUUGACAUGAAGGAGGAAGAUUUCAAGCAGCAGAUCGAAGCGCUUCGUGAAUUCGAAAGGAAUUUAGGUGAGAGGAGUUUCAGCUUCAGGACUGGAGCCGCCGCCGCUGCCGCCGCCAGCAUCGAAGCGCUGGAGGCGCCCGUCGCGGAUUCGUCGAUGAGAAUGGUCCCAUUUCGGAACGCCAGCACUGAGGUUCAGGCGCCCAGCCCGCAAAUCCCCUCGAUGUUCCUUUACACUCUCAAAACCGGCGGAACUGGAUCUGCGCCGGGCAAUGCCAAUCCCCUUCAACCCGUUUCCGGGGGCCAACGAACCCCACGCAGAUCGCCGCAGCAGCUCCAGCAACUGCUCCAGGGCGGCCUCGAGCAGCAGCCUCGCGAGCGCCGAGAGCUGCCAGAACCACAGGAGCAGCCAGAGCAGCAGCAGAAAUCUCUCGUCUCUUUUGGUAGUGGUUUCUUUGCCGGUGGUUUUGACGAGCCGGAGAACGACAAGCAGCUACUUCCCCUGCCGGAGCCGGAACGCCACCCCGAGCCCCAGCAGCCCCAGCAACAACAAUUCGGGCUUCUCUCAUUCGGCAGUGGAUUUCCUCGCGGAAGUUACGAAGACCCGAAGAAGGAUCAGAACCAGCGGCAGGAUGAGCAACAAGGCCGGCUGAUAUCCUUCGGCAGCGGUUUCAUCGGCGGAAGCGUCGACGAAGCGAAGAACGAUAAUCAGCAUGAACAGAAGCCACAACAACAGGAGCAGCAACUGCAGCUGCAGCCGCGCAGCACUUCUCUGGAGAUGAUGCAUGUAAGUUCUACAGAGUCCGCGCCCUCGUUCAAGCCUGUAAGAAACACCGGUCUCGCUCUGGAGAAGCCAACGAAAUCACCGUUUGUGGAGCAUAGGGAAAACCGGGACGGAGACCGAAAGACGAGCAUCUUUUGCGCUUUCGGAGGCGAUAGUCAUUCCAGGCCGUCUCAAGAACGAUCCAGGGCUCUCACUUACAAUGCGAGCUUGAUUCCCGGUAACGCUGUUAUCUACACCACAGACCCAUCUCCGAUCGACACAAAGUUGCAAAGGAGAAAUUCGCUUUCCAGCCGAGAACGGAGAGGUUCGUCCACCGCUUCGAGGCAGAAGCGGAAGCACGGAGCUGGGGAGAGGACAUCUAGACAUGCUCCUGUGGAAAACGCUACAGGCGGAGAUCGCAUGGGAAUGACGACGAACGCAGCUAGAUGAGAAUGAGCGAACGCCUGCUCGCACAUUGCUCGCUUCAUUUUGUGGGACAUCCCCUACUUCCGGUGAAAAGUUUGGGGCAAGCGCCUUUGCCACUUCUUUAACGGGUUCUCUUCCUGCUUUGUUCAUCGACAGUGCCUCACAAAUUUGAAGGUCUCAUUUCUUCCUUGAAAUGUAGAGUCGGGGGAAGCGAAGUGUCGAUGGGCCGUCUGAUAGAUGGCCUUGAAGGCGAAGGCAAUUAUCACUUGCCGGUUGGACUCAGUCUCAUGAUUCGGGCGUCAUGAAGUCGACAUCUUCAUCAGAGGAAGGAGGAAGGAGGAACGUAUGUGUGCCUGGGAACAUGAACUCAGAAAAAUGGGACGUCCAUUCGCUGUCCACGAUGGGCCGGAUCUGACCCGACCCGAUUUGGGAGCAAGAUUGUUUGCCCCAGCUCUGCGCACUAGAAACAGACGUGUAUUUUACCAUUAUCAGGGAAUUUCUGUCGGUGCUGUCUGUAAAUGCAGGGUGCUCUGGUUUUCUCUUUGAGUAGCUCCUUGUACAUUCUAAGGCCUAUAUCCAGGCUGUUGAUUCUCGGUGCGCCUUCUCAGGUUUCACACCUCGGUUGCGCCGCGAAGUUGAAAUUCUGAACAAGGCGAUUUGCAGUGCAAAUUCACCUAUCUGACAUUCGCAAUUGCAACCGUCGUGUUUGUCUCGGACAUUCUACUUCAACCAUGCUACAAUGUUGGGUUGUUCAGUCCUUCGGUUCGUAGCUCCUUGUUUCAGAACUGUGGACAGCUCGACCUCCCACCGUUGAAGUAUAUUUCACUUCGUAUCUUCGGACACGUAUGUCGCGGAUUGAAAUCGGAUGUGAGAUAGUGUUGCAUCCAAAGGAGUACUAGUGGUUGCCAAUUGGUGCGGUUUACGCGCUGAUAGUGAAUCUAGUGCCCUAAUAACCAGUCUACUCCAUUGCAAAUGUCUACGAAGAUUUGUCAUCGAGCUCUAAGCGUAGCCAAAAAAGUACGAUGUAAAGUAUAACGGGCAAUUUCAUAUAUUCGGGAAUAUUACUAUCACUGCAGUGUCAACCAAUUAUUAACCAGCAUUUUACCUGUACGUGGUCUUGAUCGUGGAACGACAGAGUUUUAUUUAUAAAGCUUCUACGUCACCAAUUGAAAGUAUU